AUGCUCGUCUCACCACGUACCUACAAACAAUCCCAGGCGGAAGCAAAGGACGAGAGUAUUUUAGGGACCUUUGGGCCAAAAGAGACGCUCGGCUGGGGUGUCGCACCUGAAGUGGUGCGUGCGCAGGAGAAAAUGCUCCUUGUGCACCAACAGGGAAACGUGCGAGUUGGAGAAGUUGUUCGAUACACUCUUACCUACACUCCCUCACACGACCGUAUCCUCCCCGCUCCCUCCCACCUCCACGUCAAGAUCCGCAACACCUCCGCCAUACCCCUACGUGCUGCAUACCUCCAUGGCCCCUAUACCCUUUACGCAGCCUGCUACCCGACAACUUUCGAUCCAAACCACAAUGACGAUGGACAUGAAGAGGAUGGACAUCCUCAAUUCGAACCCAACCUCAAAGCGGGUGGUAGCUGGAUGAGUCGCCUGACGGUACCAGAGCGAAUACGGAACUCGGAAGACAAAUUCGGUCUUUUGCAGGGGCAGCAAGAUCAUCCCACCACAUCAGCCCCUUCGAGUGCUACAUGGGUCAUCGAGAUUUCCUCUCAGAUCAUUUUCUCGCUUUCGGCAGCCGUCCACUUCGAACUUUUAAUUUCCCGGGAUGAGAAAUCGCUUGAACUUGGAUUUGCAACUCUUAUGGGCCAGGCCCCGGCUACUCCAGGACAGCUCGAGGAUCAUCAACAGAGCAAAAGAAAGAUAAGUCAGAAUGCUGCGCAACCUAAAGGCAUCUACUCUCAUGCUGUCAAAAUAAUCGUCGAAGAUACAGCAGCUCUUUGGGAUAAACCGGCACUGCCAAAGUGGAAAGGAGACGAAGAUUACAAGCCAGGAAGUAGAGGGUUGGUAAAUGGAGAUGCUACUGCGGGCAAAGUUGAUGUUGGACCAGGAAAAGAGAAAAGCAGUCAAGAGGAGGAACAGAAGCCGCAGAAGAAGAAGAAGAGGGUGCACUUGGUUGUUCUCACACAUGGUCUGCAUAGCAAUCUUAGUUCGGACAUGUUGUAUUUAAAGGAAAGUAUUGAUGCUACGGCAAAGAAGACGAGAGAGGAGAAGAGGAAAAAGAGGGAGGAGUCGCAGAAGGCUGUUGCCGAUUCAAAGCUGCCAGAGAGCACUAGCGAGGAUAAGAAAAGCACUAGCCAACAGCCUCCUCCUGAGCCGAAAACCGGUGGUGAAGUCGAUGACGGUGACGAGGAUGAGGAAGUCAUCGUUCGAGGCUUUCCCGGCAAUGCUUGUCGAACCGAGAGAGGCAUACAAUAUCUAGGAAAGAGGCUUGCGAAAUGGAUCUUGGAGACGACCUAUCCCGAUCAACCAUUCCUGCCUGCGAAGAAGUCACUGAGAAAGAAAAUGUCCCGUGUGCUAACCGGAGAGAGCCCCAGUGAUUUCAAAGGAACACCAGAGCACAAAGGCAGUACCAUCUACAAGCCUGCUGCAAAACAACCAAAUCUGCCCUACAAAAUCACCAGUAUAUCAUUUGUUGCCCACUCACUCGGUGGGCUGACUCAAGCCUAUGCGAUCGCAUACAUACAUAAGCAUUCACCGCACUUUUUCGAUGAGAUCAAGCCAAUCAAUUUCAUCGCGAUGGCGGCUCCCUUUUUGGGUCUGAGCAAUGAGAACCCGCUCUACGUUAAGUUUGCUCUAGACUUCGGGCUUGUGGGAAGAACAGGUCAGGACCUUGGACUGGCGUGGAAGUCAUCGACCGCCCUUCGCGGCGGCUGGGACUCAAUGAUUGCAGGCAUAGGUACGGAAGGCCAAAGAGCGCAAAAGCAGCCAGAUCCAGGUUCAAAACCCCUAUUGCGUAUUCUGCCUGCAGGACAUACGCAUCAAGUGCUGAAGAAGUUUCGCAAUCGUACCGUCUAUUCUAAUGUGGUCAACGAUGGCAUUGUGCCACUACGAACUUCUUGUCUGCUAUUUCUAGAUUGGAGUGGUUUGGGUCGCGUUGAGAAGGCGAGGCGAGACAACGGUCUUGUUUCUGGGCUUGCGAGUUGGGGAUGGGCUGAAAUGACCGGCGCGAAUGCCUCGUCAAGACACUUGCGUGCUGAAGUAGAUAGUGAUGCCUGGUCGCAAUCGAAUGCGAGUGGUGACGGAACUCUGUCGCGAAAUCGCUCACGGAGUCGUUCCAGAAGUCGUCAGCCAACGCCGUCACGGGUGCCUGAGCCUGACGACAGCGCAGUCGGCGACAACGACAAACCAGAAAGUCCAAAAGACUCUCAGUUCUUGAGUGGACAUAGAAUCGAAGAAGACUCAGAUUCCCACCAAGCUGUCGGUCCACCACCGCAACAACAGCCUGCUCAUCCAAUCACUAGUUUUCUAUCUUUAUUUAAGCCCGCUUCAUCCAAGAAAGACUACCACUCUUCACCCAAGCAGACUAAAGUCUACAAAAGGAGCCAGACGACGAAAUUGAAUGCCGGAGGAUCAUCACCGCCUGAAGGCCUGUCCAGCGCCGAGAGCUCCAGAAGGCCAGGCAAUAUCAGAGGCAACUCAAUGCUAGACGAUCCGUCGAACGUCUUUGCACCUCCCAAGACGACAAUAUUCGAAUCUGCAGGAGAUGUCCUCAAUCCGCCACUACCAACUCAGCAAUUCUUGACCGAUCCAAGAAGUCGACCGCGGACCAUCUUUCAUGAUCGUGUCUAUCAUCCCGACGAGAUACCGGCUCCAAGGGCAAAGAAACCUCCAAGGCUAAAGCGAUCUAUAUCAAAUGAGUCUGGGAAUGGACAAUCACGAGCCAGCACUCUACAUGGAGACGACUCGGAUUCCCAAGACACGGGCGGCAUGAAAGUUGAGGAAAAGAUUGCGAGGGCUUACCAUCAUGGGCUUUCGUGGCGCAAGGUUCUUGUGCGCCUUGAGCCUGAUGCACACAACAACAUGGUUGUUCGGCGCAUGUUUUCAAAUGCCUACGGCUGGCCUGUCAUCAAGCAUUUAGUUGAUACACACUUCGCCGAUACCUACGAAGCCACGACGGAAGAUACAGAUGAGCCGAGCGUGGAGCGAGCAAAGCCAACCAACGAAGCGGUCGGCUCAGACGGCGAAGAGCGUCAAGAUCUCCAGUCACCUGAUAUUCGCCGUACUGACAGUGAGAUCAAAGAGGCCAGCGAUCUCGUCCCGGAAAUGAACAACAAAAGCGGUGGUAGCAGGAAUAGCCGUAAAGCCUCACGUAACGAUUCGAUCAUAUCUUCAUGGGACGACGCCAUCUUCGAAGGCUCUGACGAUGACAGCGAUAAUGACAGUCCUACCGUUUCAGGACCCCACGGUCGUAAUUUCACACCCCAGAGCCAAUCGACGACUGAAGACGAUGGCCCAAAAGGCACUUCAGAAACAGAAAUCAGCGCAUUCUUAGGCAAGCCGAAGCCAAUUCUUGACACCAGUGCUCAGCAGGGGGGUCCAAGUCAGUUUGUUGCAUCGCCUCAGAGUACGACGUCAUUGGGACUUGGGAAGAGCAUCGAGGAGCAGCUGAACCAUGCGCAGAAAACAGACUUGCCGAAGAGCGAGAAUGAUGAGCGAGAACAGGAUUUGAGCGAGUUGCAAGUCGAGAACGGGCAUUGA